UAACAAACUUUUUCGAUGUAAAAAUUGAAGAAACUGCGUGAUCACAGGUUGCAACUUGCCUUCAGUAGCAAGAUAAUCAACACCCGGUGACUUGUGAAAAGCUGUUUUUCAAACGUUAACAUUAUGAAGUUUGGAAAAACGGUGAGGAUUUCGACUAUGCUGGUGCUGACCGGCUCAUUGUUCUUUGUGGAGUUGAUUGUGGGGUACGCCACGAAUUCCAUGGCGCUGGUUGCCAAUUCCUUCCACAUGUUAUCGGACGUAAUGGCAUUGACCGUCGGCCUGCUAUCCGUGAGGAUUGCCAGGAAAACAUCGGAGAAAAAUACAUUCGGCUGGGCCAGAAUGGAUGUCUUAGGAGCGCUCAUCAAUGCGGUUUUUCUCUGUGCAUUAUGUUUCUCCAUCGUUCUGGAAGCUCUACAUCGGUUUACGGAGGAUGUGGAUGUUGAAAGCCCAGAACUUGUACUCAUCGUGGGCGCAGUCGGACUGGCCGUCAAUAUUAUUGGUCUAGUGCUGUUUCACGGUCAUGGGCAUCAAGGCCACGGUCACUCUCAUGGCAUUCACAGCCAUGCUGAUGGUGACGUUCACACCGAAGAUCUGAUGAUCCAGCCAGAUAAUCAAGAAUCUCCUACUCCGCCUGAGUCGCCAUUCUCAGAUAGUAAUCAGCGUAUUUCGAAUAAUGUAAAACAGAAGCAACCAGCCAAAACAAAACGUGGAUCACAUCUGAACAUGUAUGGACUUUUCCUGCACGUGGCCGGUGAUGCUCUGGGGUCGGUGGUUGUAAUAAUAGCCGCUCUGGUCAUCUGGCUUACCGAUUGGAAGUACAAGCAUUAUAUCGAUCCUGCACUAAGUUUGGUUACCGUCGUAGUCAUUCUGGUCAUGACGAUACCGUUGCUGCGAUCAUCUUCUCUGAUCUUGCUACAGACUGUUCCCUUGCAUAUGAAAGCCAAGGACCUCAAAGAACGUUUAGAAAAGCUUGACGGCGUUCUUGCUGUGCACGAGCUGCAUAUUUGGCAGUUGGCCGGAAAUAAAAUCGUUGCAUCCGCACAUGUAUGGUGUGGAAGUUAUCCGGAAUACCAGCGCGCAGCCAGUCGCAUCAAGCAGUUUUUUCACGACGAAGGGAUCCAUUCUACAACAAUUCAAGCAGAAUUCAAUGAGGUUGGCAACAAUUACGAGAACAAUAUUAAGCUAGACCCGGCAUUCUGCGGUUUACCCUGUCCCGAUUCCGAUGUUGAAUGCGCCAAGGACCGAUGCUGUCAGUCUACACCACUGCUACAUGUGAUUUCGGAAGCGAACGGCGGUACCCACUUGCCGACAUUCCGGUAGUGUCGCGCUAAAUGCGGUAUCGACGGCUUUGUGCGCGCCUCCACUAAAUCAGCACCGUUUCAGUUUAGCGUACGGUAUCUGUCUCAUUGUCAGAACCGACAUUAUCACAUCGUGAAACAGUAGAUGAUGUCUUAACAACUGUGAUUUACGGAAUAUUGGUUAAAACAGAAUCAGAAUUAGUGAUUAAAAUUAGCUACAGAGAAA